AUGAAAAGUACCUCCUCCCACUACAAGUUUGAUAGAGAUGAUCCGAUCACCCACCUUCUUGACAUCCACUACGUCUUUCUUCCACUGCUUAUCCACGAUAAUACGUACUCAAUUUCUAUUCUUCACAUUUCCUGUAUAUCAAAGUUUGAAUAUGGACGUAUCCAACUCUCUAGCCUUUGCGCCGACCCAUUUGUUUCUUGUAGCUUUGGUAGAUCUGGGGAAGUUGACAUUGCCGUAAAAUUGUUUGAAGAACUAGAGAGUAGCAAUUGUAAGCCCGAUGUUGUUACCUAUAACUCUCUGAUCAAUUGCCUUGGAAAGAAUGGGGAUGUUGAUGAAGCUCACAUGAGGUUUAGAGAAAUGCAAGAGAAAGGAUUGAAUCCAGAUGUUGUAACUUAUAGUACACUGAUUGAAUGUUUUGGCAAGACGGAUAAAGUUGACAUGGCGUGUAAAUUGUUUGAUGAGAUGCUUGCAGUGGGAUGCUAUCCUAACUUGGUCACGUAUAAUAUUUUACUCGAUUGUCUUGAAAGGUGCGGGAGAACUGCUGAGGCAGUGGACCUUUAUGCAAAACUUAAGCAGCAAGGAUUGACACCGGAUUCAAUCACAUAUGCGGUGCUUGAACGGUUGCAAAGCGGCGGGCAUAACAAGUUGAGAUUUCGCAGGCAGAACCCGAUUACAGGAUGGGUUGUCAGCCCUUUAAGAUGA